UUGAGUGACUGACGAAUUAAAAUUGAUUUAUUUACUAUUUUACUUAAUUUUCUUACUUUCCCUUAUCGUUCGUAGAAAACGAAAUUUAUUUAAAAAUGUAAUUCUAUAUUUGUUCUUUUUAUUAUACUGCAUUAUUUUAUUAAAAUGAGUGCAAUAAAGGGUAAAGGUCCAAUAUACGACCCGGGCUUAUGCCGAUGUUGUGGGACCAUGAAGAAAUGUCGCGUUUUGAAUGUAGAAUACGAGAACAGCGGCAAAAAGGAAGUCUAUUCGGAUAUGAUGAUGGACUGCUUUGGGCUACUGCUAUCCCAUUUAGAUGGGAAGCCGUCUGAGAGGCUGGUGUGUGCUACAUGCGUGCUGAGGCUCCGGGAGGCAGUUGGUUUCCGUCAACAGGUUCUACAGUGUGAGGAGGCGUUCAUACAGAUGAAGAUGUAUGAUAUUGAUAAUGAAGAGCGUCAGAUAGAGGAGCGUAUAAUAUGCAUACCCAAGGUGGAGAUGGAUGAGGUGAAGACUGAACCUCAAGACCGGGAGAGCGAUGUUGGCUCCCUGAGCGGGGACGCGCUGGCGGACACUGGUGACUAUGGAGAUGACGAGCUGAUCAAGUCAGAAACCUGCAAUGACGAUACUAAUUCAGAUGAUUUGCCGCUGCAGUGCAUCAAGAAGGAUUCAGCCAGCCUCAAGAGAUUGGAGCUGAAGAGGCAGCGCGUGCGAACUUCGGCCAUGAUGAUGAAGAAGUUGCCAAUGUCGAAACUACAGCAAAUGAUGCGAGAACGUGACCCGGCCUACAUAAGAGAAACCAACAUUCUCACCAUAGUGGAAUUCUCGUACGUUUGCCCGUUCAAGUGUCGCCACAAUCAUUUGCUAUGUUACUACUGCGGCGAGAAUUUCCAAGACCCACUGCUGUUGAGGCAGCACACAGAAAGCUUGCACCAUCCCAAAAAGUUCAAAGUGACAGAAACGAAGAAUGUGAUAAAACUCGAUUUAACAAGAAUCGAUUGUCGACUGUGCGGCGCGGGAAUCGAUAAUCUCGAAGAUUUUAAAAAACAUAUAACGAGUGUUCAUAGGAAGAAGUAUUAUUAUAAUCAUAAAGAUUCUAUAUUGCCGUUCCGUUUGACGAAACACGAAAUGAAGUGCGCGCUGUGUGACGUAUUGUUUCCCUAUUUUCAUGCGUUGAACAAACAUAUGAACGAACAUUUCAGUAAUUAUGUGUGUGAAACAUGCGGUUUGGGUUUCGUUGAUAAAGCAAGGUUCGUCAUGCACCAACAAAGGCACGAUGUCGGUGACUUCCCAUGUGAGACUUGCGGGAAAAUAUUCAAAGCACAAUACAACCGGGACCUACACAUAGACAGGGUACACAACAAGCGGGGCCGGGUGUACUGCCCCAAGUGUGACAUGAAGCUCAUGUCGUACCCUCAGAAGCUGAAGCACCUGGUGGAAGUCCAUGGGGAGGAACCGCUGAGUUUUCCAUGCAGUAUGUGUGAUAAAGUCUGCGAUACGAGAAGGACAUUGACUAUACAUAGGCGGAAGGAUCAUCUGAAGGAUUAUAGAUAUGAGUGCCAGUGUUGCGGUCAGAAGUUCUUCACGCGUUUCGCAUUAAACAAUCACAUGCCAACGCAUACGGGUGAAAGGAAUUAUAAGUGUAAAGUUUGUGAGAAGUCGUACCCAAGACUGAAGACGCUGAAGGAUCAUAUGAGGAUACACACCAACGACAGGAGAUACAGGUGUCAUAUUUGCGGCCAGGCGUUCAUCCAGAACUGUAGCUUGAAGGGGCAUAUGAAGAGUCAACAUCCUGAAUAUGGAUAAGACAACAGAACUCAACGUUUGU